AUAUGUUUGAACUUUAUUUUACUAAGCAACACACAAUCCACUGUCUCCAGUGAUCCACAAUGGCCACAAGUAAAACAAAUCAGCUGUUGCAAACUCUGGAGCAGCUAGAGGAAAAGGAGCUGAAGAAGUUUAAAUGGUUCCUGAAGAAUGACGUUCCAGAUGGGUUUGAUCCCAUCCCAAAAAACAAGUUGGAGAAUGCUGAUGAAAUGGACACAGUGGAAACGAUGGUGGAGACAUACACAUUUAAACGAGCUCUGAAGAUCACUGUGGAGAUCCUGGGAAAUAUGAAUCAGAAUAAUCUUGCUGAGCGGCUGAUGAGUGUCAGUGGUGCUGAGGAGGCAGGUGGGAACAGUUCAACUUCCUGUCUUCCUCAGGAAGUCCAGGGUUCCUCCAACACGACUGAGACUGGAGGCCAUGUUGCUGCUCCUGGUGGAAACCCCUCAGAGCAUGGUGUUAGUGAUCGAGUCAACCAAGUGAUCAAACAACUCAAAUCUGAACUGAAGAAGACGUUUCAAACUGUGUUUGAGGGCAUAGCUGAACAAGGAAAUCCAACUCUUCUCAAUAAGAUCUACACAGAUGUCUACAUCACAGAGGGUAAGAGUGGAGGGAUCAGUAAAGAACAUGAGGUGAGACAGAUUGAGACAGCAUCGAGGAAAUCAGCAAGACCAGAGACAGCCAUCACAUGCAACAACAUCUUUAAACCCUCAGCUGGACGAGACACACCUAUCAGAAUUGUUCUGACAACAGGAGUUGCUGGCAUCGGAAAAACUGUCUCUGUGCAGAAGUUCAUCACAGACUGGGCUGAGGGACUAGCCAAUCAGGAAAUCCAGUUCAUCUUUCCUCUGCCGUUUCGAGAGCUGAAUUUGUUGGAUGGAGAAGAGUUCAAUCUGAUGGGACUUCUACAUUACUUCUUCAUGAAAAUGAAAGAAUCUGGAAUCUCCGACUACAACAAGUACAACGUUCUGUUUGUCUUUGAUGGUCUGGAUGAGUGUCGACUGCCAUUAGCCUUCAAGAAGAAUAAGAUAUGCAAUGAUGUCACAAAGUCCACCUCAGUGGAUGUGCUGCUGACCAACUUGAUCAGAGGAAAGCUGCUUCCCUCUGCUCUCAUCUGGAUAACCACUCGACCUGCAGCAGCCAAUCAGAUCCCUUCAGAGUGUGUUGACCUGGUGACAGAGGUACGAGGGUUCAAUGAUGAGCAGAAGGAUGAGUACAUCAUGAAGAGAUGCAGUGAUGAGAUCCUGGCCAGGAGAAUCAUCUCACACAUCAAGGCAUCAAGGACUCUCUACAUCAUGUGCCACAUUCCAGUCUUCUCUUGGAUUUGUUGUAGAGUUCUUGAAGACAUGCUGAGAACAAAGAAGAAAGAGAAGAUGCCCAAGACCCUGACUGAGAUGUACACAACCUUCCUGGUGUUACAGACCGAACAGAAGAAGGUGAAGUAUCAUGGGAAAACUGAGACAGAUCCACACUGGGAUGAAGAGAGCAUUAAGAGCAUUCUGUCACUGGGAAAACUGGCCUUCCACCAGCUGGACAAAGGCAACCUGAUUUUCUAUGAGAAAGACCUGAAAGAGUGUGGCAUUGAUGUCUGUGAUGCCUCAGUGUACUCAGGAGUGUUCACACAGAUCUUCAGACAGGUUGGUAAAGUCUUCCGGAAGAAGGUGUUCUGCUUUGUCCAUCUGAGCUUUCAGGAGUUUCUGGCUGCUGUGUUUGUGUUUCUCUCAUUCAUCAACAACAAUGAGAAUCUGAUGUCUCAGUCCACCUCAGACACAUCUGACAGUGAUGAGUCCAUCUCAGUGUACAAGAGUGCUGUGGACAAGGCCUUGCAGAGUAAGAAUGGACACCUGGACCUUUUCCUCCGCUUCUUCCUGGGCCUCUCAAUGGAGUCCAAUCAGACUGAUUUACAAGGCCUACUGACUCAUACAGGAAGCAACACACAGAGCCAUAAGGAAACAGUCAAGUACAUCAAGAAGAAGAUCAGAAAGAAUCCUUCUCCAGAGAGAUGCUUGAAUCUGUUCCACUGUCUGAAUGAACUGAAUGACCAUUCUCUGGUGGAGGAGAUCCAACACCAUCUGAGCUCAGGAAGUCUCUCCAGUGAAAGGUUCUCAUCUACACAGUGGUCAGCUCUGUUCUUUGUGUUGCUGACUUCAGAAGAGAAGAUGGACGUGUUUGACCUGAAGAUAUACUCCAGAUCAAAGGAAGGUCUUCUGAGGCUGCUGCCAGUGGUCAAAGACUCCAAAACUGCUCUGCUGAAUGACUGUAACCUCUCAGAAUGGUGCUGUAAAGAGCUGGCCUCAGCUCUCCCCUCCUCAGAGCUUACAGAGCUGGACUUGAGUAACAACAACCUGGGGGAUUUAGGCAUGAAUCUGCUCUCUGCUGGACUGGGGAAUCCACUCUGCAAACUGGAGACACUGAGGCUGUCAGGCUGUCACAUCACAGAGGAAGGCUGUGCUUCUCUGGGCUCAGUGCUGAAGUCAACCUCCUUCCUGAGACAACUAGAUCUAAGUAACAAUGAUCUGAAGGAUGCCGGCAUGAAGCUGCUCUCUGCUGGACUGGGGAACCCACUCUGCAAACUGGAGACACUGAGGCUGUCAGGCUGUCAAAUUGCAGAAGAAGGCUGUGCUUCUCUGGCUUCAGCUCUGAAGACAAACCCCUCCCUUUUGAGAGAUCUGGAUCUGAGCAACAGUGACCUGAAGGAUUCAGGCAUGAAGAUGCUCUCUGCUGUACUGGAGGAUCCCCUCUGCAAACUGGAGUCACUGAGACUGUCAUGCUGUGGGGUCACAGAGGAAGGCUGUGCUUCUCUGGCUUCAGCUCUGAAGACAAACCCCUCCCUUCUGAGAGAUCUGGAUCUGAGCAACAGUGACCUGAGAAAAUCAGAUAUGAAGCUUCUCUCUGCUGUUUUGGGGAAUCCACUCUGCAAAUUGGAGACACUGAGGCUGUCAGGCUGUCACAUUGCAGAAGAAGGCUGUGCUUCUCUGGCUUCAGCUCUGAAGACAAACCACCCCCUUUUGAGAGAUCUGGAUCUGAGCAACAGUGACCUGAAGGAUUCAGGCAUGAAGAUGCUCUCUGCUGUACUGGAGGAUCCACUCUGCAAACUGGACACACUGAGGCUGUCAUGCUGUGGGGUCACAGAGGAAGGCUGUGCUUCUCUGGCCUCAGCUCUGAGGUCAAACCCCUCCACCCUGAGAGAACUGGACCUGGGGAACAAUGACCUCCGGAUUCCAGAAAUGCAACUGCUCUCUGAUCUACAGUGGAAUCCACUCGGCAAACUGGAGACGUUGAGGGUGUCAAGCUGUGACAUCACAGAGGAAGCUUGUGCUUCUUUGGCCUCAGCUCUGAAGUCAAAGCCCUCCUCUCCGAGAGAACUGGACCUGAGUAACAAGGACCUGAGGGAAUCAGAUAUGAAGCUUCUCUCUGCUGUUUUGAGGAGUCCACUCUGGAAAUUGGAGACACUGAGGCUGUCAGGCUGUCACAUCACAGAGGAAGGCUGUGCUUCUCUGGGCUCAGUGCUGAAGUCAACCUCCUUCCUGAGACAACUAGAUCUAAGUAACAAUGAUCUGAAGGAUGCCGGCAUGAAGCUGCUCUCUGCUGGACUGGGGAACCCACUCUGCAAACUGGAGACACUGAGGCUGUCAGGCUGUCACAUCACAGAGGAAGGCUGUGCUUCUCUGAGCUCAGCUCUGAAGUCAACCUCCUUCCUGAGACAACUAGAUCUAAGUUACAAUGAUCUGAAGGAUGCUGGCAUGAAGCUGCUCUCUGCUGGACUGGGGAACCCACUCUGCAAACUGGAGACACUGAGGCUGUCAGGCUGUCACAUCACAGAGGAAGGCUGUGCUUCUCUGGGCUCAGUGCUGAAGUCAACCUCCUUCCUGAGACAACUAGAUCUAAGUAACAAUGAUCUGAAGGAUGCCGGCAUGAAGCUGCUCUCUGCUGGACUGGGGAACCCACUCUGCAAACUGGAGACACUGAGGCUGUCAGGCUGUCAAAUUGCAGAAGAAGGCUGUGCUUCUCUGGCUUCAGCUCUGAAGACAAACCCCUCCCUUUUGAGAGAUCUGGAUCUGAGCAACAGUGACCUGAAGGAUUCAGGCAUGAAGAUGCUCUCUGCUGUACUGGAGGAUCCCCUCUGCAAACUGGAGUCACUGAGACUGUCAUGCUGUGGGGUCACAGAGGAAGGCUGUGCUUCUCUGGCUUCAGCUCUGAAGACAAACCCCUCCCUUCUGAGAGAUCUGGAUCUGAGCAACAGUGACCUGAGAAAAUCAGAUAUGAAGCUUCUCUCUGCUGUUUUGGGGAAUCCACUCUGCAAAUUGGAGACACUGAGGCUGUCAGGCUGUCACAUUGCAGAAGAAGGCUGUGCUUCUCUGGCUUCAGCUCUGAAGACAAACCACCCCCUUUUGAGAGAUCUGGAUCUGAGCAACAGUGACCUGAAGGAUUCAGGCAUGAAGAUGCUCUCUGCUGUACUGGAGGAUCCACUCUGCAAACUGGACACACUGAGGCUGUCAUGCUGUGGGGUCACAGAGGAAGGCUGUGCUUCUCUGGCCUCAGCUCUGAGGUCAAACCCCUCCACCCUGAGAGAACUGGACCUGGGGAACAAUGACCUCCGGAUUCCAGAAAUGCAACUGCUCUCUGAUCUACAGUGGAAUCCACUCGGCAAACUGGAGACGUUGAGGGUGUCAAGCUGUAACAUCACAGAGGAAGCUUGUGCUUCUUUGGCCUCAGCUCUGAAGUCAAAGCCCUCCUCUCCGAGAGAACUGGACCUGAGUAACAAGGACCUGAGGGAAUCAGAUAUGAAGCUUCUCUCUGCUGUUUUGAGGAGUCCACUCUGGAAAUUGGAGACACUGAGGCUGUCAGGCUGUCACAUCACAGAGGAAGGCUGUGCUUCUCUGGGCUCAGUGCUGAAGUCAACCUCCUUCCUGAGACAACUAGAUCUAAGUAACAAUGAUCUGAAGGAUGCCGGCAUGAAGCUGCUCUCUGCUGGACUGGGGAACCCACUCUGCAAACUGGAGACACUGAGGCUGUCAGGCUGUCACAUCACAGAGGAAGGCUGUGCUUCUCUGAGCUCAGCUCUGAAGUCAACCUCCUUCCUGAGACAACUAGAUCUAAGUUACAAUGAUCUGAAGGAUGCUGGCAUGAAGCUGCUCUCUGCUGGACUGGGGAACCCACUCUGCAAACUGGAGACACUGAGGCUGUCAGGCUGUCUGGUCACAGAGGAAGGCUGUGCUUCUCUGGCCUCAGCUCUGAGGUCCAACCCCUUCCACCUGAGGGAACUGGACCUGAGCUACAAUCAUCCAGGAGAAAAAGGAUUGAAGCUGCUCUCUGCUGGACUGGAGGAUCCACACUGCAGACUGGAGAAACUCAAUGUGGAUCAUGGUGGAGAGUGCAGGAUCAAACCUGGUCUUAGGAAAUAUGCCUGUGAGCUCACACUGGACCCAAACACAGCAUACAGAAAACUCUCUCUGUCUGAGGAUAACAGAAAGGUGACAUGGGGGGAACAGGAGCAGCCGUAUCCUGAUCACCCAAAGAGAUUUGAUGACUGUGCACAGGUGCUGUGUAGAGAGGGUCUGUCUGGGCGCUGUUACUGGGAGGCAGAGUGGAGUGGAAGAGGAUGGGUUUCUAUAGCAGUGACAUAUAAAGGAAUCAGCAGGAGAGGAAGGGGUGAUGACUGUGAGCUUGGAUACAAUAACAAGUCCUGGAGUCUGGAGUGUCAUGGUAACAGUUACUAUGCCAGGCACAAUAAGAAGAGAACUGCCAUACCUGACCCCCCAUCCCACAGAGUAGGAGUGUAUCUGGACUGGCCGGCCGGCACUCUGUCCUUCUACACAGUCUCCUCUGACACACUGACCCACCUGCACACAUUCCACAGCACAUUCACUGAGCCCCUCUAUCCUGUGUUCAGGGUUGGGUUAGACUCCUCAGUGUCCCUGUGUCAGGUAGAAUAGCCCACACACACUCACACACUGUGCUCACAUAGAUGUCAUUGAAGAUUGAACUGUAUAUAGUUUUAAUUGAUAUCCCAGAGUGUUUGUAAAUAUUGGUGUGUGUUGAAUGUUUGUUUUGUUUUCAUUGUUGACAAACAACAUUCCUGUCUUUGAUCUCAGUUCCACUGAAUGUGAUGAACUAAAUAGUGUCUUACUGCCUAAAUAAGGAGAAAUAAAGAUGUUUUAUACAGGA